AUGUCCAUGAUUGGCCGUCUCUGGGGCUGCUUCAACCCGCCCACCCCUCCAAAAAGCAGCGAUGCUAUCCGGUUCGGCGUUUUGGGAGCUGCCAGCAUUGCUCCCUAUUCCUUAUUCAACCCCGCCAAAUCACACCCCGAGGUCAUCGUCCAGGCCAUCAGCGCUCGUGAUCGCAGCAAAGCGGAAGCGUAUGCCAAAUCUCAUGGCAUUCCCGAGGUAAAAGAUACUUAUCAAGAAAUCCUCGAUGAUCCCAACAUCGAUGCCGUCUUCAUUCCCCUGCCUAAUAGCCUACAUUUUGAGUGGGCUGUCCGGGCCAUCCGUGCCGGCAAGCAUGUCCUGCUUGAAAAGCCUUCCGUAUCCAACUCUGCCGAAGCCGAUAUCCUCUUCAACUUGCCAGAGUUGGACCAGCCCAACGGCCCCGUUUUGCUCGAAGCCUUCCACAGCCGCUUCUAUCCUGCCUGGGCUUUGUUCAACUCGUUGGUUGACCCCGCCGAAGUCGAGCACGUGGAGUCGCGCUCUAUGCUUCCCUGGUGGGCCACCAGCAAGGACGCGAUUUACUUCAACUACAAUCUUGCCGGCGGCACCAUCUUGGCCAUGGGCACGUAUAACUUUGCCGCGUUGCAGUUGCUCUUUGGUGAAAGCCCAGAGGAGUGCAUCAGCUGCGACGUCAAGUCGUACACAGAGGGCAUACAUGACAAGUGUGACUAUGAGUUCAAGGCCACGUUCCGUUUCCCCAAUGGCGGCACCGGCGUGGCCUCCAGCACGCUGGUGGGCGAAACCGUGAUGAAGCCAUCAUGGGUUACAGUCAAGACCAGAGAGGCGGCCAUUCCUAAUGAUGACCUGCCUGCGGGCCAGCAACAGUAUCAAAAGCGGGAGCUGACGCUGCAAGGCCUUAUCCAUGGAGCCUUCUGGCAUCGCAUCGACAUCAAAGAAGUCAACGAGAUCCGAACAAAGGAUGGCCAAGUUGUCAAGCAGUGGGAGAAGACGACCUCGCGAAAAGCAUACACCUGGAAGGAAGCUGGCGGCGAGUUUUCUGAUCUGCCCGGCGAGGCUCACUGGAUGUCCUUUAGGCACCAGCUGGAACAGUUUGUCAACAAGGUCAAGGGGCGCAAGACGCAGCACUGGGUUGAGAGGGAGGAUUCGAUUGCACAGAUGAAGAUGCUUGAUAUGGCCUAUGAGAAGAGCGGCCUGGGGCCAAGGCCGACCAGUUCGUUCAAGUGA